GUGGGAGGGGGGUUGUCCGGGGGUGCCGGGGCAGAACAACGACCACUACAGCUCCAGUGGGAGAAAUCGAACCAGGUAUUGUAGGUCCCAAUAUAAAGCACACUGACCUUUCGUACCUUGCGUCGUGAUGUGCACUGCGCUGUGUGGCCUCGACACUGCUAGGUAUAUCAGACACGUACAUACAGCAUGGCAUUAUCAGGCGCAGCCACGGUGGCCAUCAUAGCCACCGGCCUCAUGCUCAUCGUCAAGUUACUCCAAACCGGUCGUAGACCUUCAGGAUUGCCUCCGGGGCCUCCGACAAUCCCAAUCUUGGGCAACCUUCACCUGAUGCCUGCUCGAGAUGGACACCUUCAGUUUCAGAAGUGGGCCAAGGAAUAUGGACCGGUCUACUCGCUCAUACUCGGAACCAAGACCUUUAUUGUCCUGUCGUCCGACACAGCAGUGAAAGACCUUCUGGACAAGCGGAGCAACAUUUAUUCAUCGAGGCCCGAUAUGUAUAUCGGCUCGACGUUGGCCAGUGGAGGCUUGCGGGUUCUUCUGAUGCAAUAUGGACCGACCUGGAGAAUGAUCCACAAAAUGAUCCACAACAUCCUCAAUAUUAAGGCUGCAGUCACAUAUGUGCCUUAUCAAGAUCUGGAGAACAAGUUCAUGCUGCUUGGAUUGCUCAACCAACCGGAGGAAUUCGCAAAUCAUAUGCGGCGAUAUACGAACUCACUCACGACCCAAAUGGUCUUCGGCUUUCGGACCAUAGACAUCAACGAUCCCAAGUUACAGCAGCUUUUCCAUGGCUUUGAGAAAUGGGCAGAGGUCACUGGGAGUUCCAGCGCACAAGUGCUCGACCUGUUCCCCAUUCUCCAGAGACUUCCCAAAUUCCUGGUGCCAAACUACCGCUACGCAGAGAAGCUUCACAAGGCCGAGAAGGCUCUGUACGUCGGUCACUGGUUGAACGCGAAAAAGGCGAUCAAGAAGGGGACUGGUAAGCCGUGCUUUUGCGUCGACCUCGUCAAAGCACAAGAGGUCGAGGGCUUCUCCGAUGGCUUGGCCGGUUACACCAGCGGGUCAUUGCUCGAGGCCGGCUCAGACACCACGGCAGCGACGCUAAUUGGCUUCAUUCAAGCCAUGGUCGUCUUUCCCGAGGUGCAGAAGAAAGCACAGGAGGAGAUUGACCGGGUCGUUGGAUCAGAGCGGUUACCGACCAUGGAGGACGCCCAGAAAAUGCAGUACAUCCGUGGAUGCGUCAAGGAAAGCAUGAGAUGGAUGCCGACAAACAUUCUCGGAGUGCCGCACUCGGUCAUCAAGGAUGAUGAGUACAUGGGGUACAAGAUCCCCGCCGGCGCAGCUAUUAUCAACAAUGUCUGGGCCAUCCAUAUGGACCCGAAUCGUCACGCCGACCCAAGGUCCUUCAACCCUGACCGGUACGCAAACGACUUCCUCAGUGAGUUUGAAUGUGCCACGAAUCCCGACGUCAGCAAGCGGGACCAUUUCGUCUUCGGUGCAGGCCGGCGCGUCUGUCAGGGCAUGCAUAUCGCCGAACGCUCUCUGUUCCUGGCAAUUGCGCGGAUGCUAUGGGCUUUUGACUUCCAGAAGGCUUGCGAUUCCCAGGGCCACCCGAUCACCCCGGAUAUCGACAAGUUGACGCAAGGACUUUUCGUCUUGCCCGAACCGUUUCCCGCGGUCAUCAAGCCGAGGAGUGAGCAUCAUGCGAACCUGAUAAGGAGCACGUGGCAGACAUGUGAGGAGACUCUGUUGGACCCGGAGACGAAACAGUGGAGGAAUGUGCCCGAGGGCAUGGUGUUUGGGACAUACAGCCCAAGCAAAGAGGAAGGUUGAGUCACCGAAGUCGAGAUAUUGGCAAGCUCCCGUGUGUGCCUCACCAGCCAGAUAGAACACAGAGGAUCCUCGAUGUCAAUACACGUAUCCCACUCCCUCCACCUCCGUCAUUCUUUCCCCAGAGCAGACGCUACUCCAACACCUACCUAGGUUAUCAGCAGGUUAUCAGCCGAGAUCACAUCAUACUUCAAAUAGCAACAGCGACACUACGCAAAUAAAUGGAAUCCCAAGGUCAG